AAAAGUCCCCACGGCCAAGCGAAUCUCUCCAGGAACAUUGUCGGGCAAGACCCAUUCGAAUUCUUGGCUUUCUUAUAUAAGGCCCUCCGUCCUCGCUUAAUUAGAUUCUAUGGAGGAUGUUCUCCAUAGCCACCGGGAUUGGUCGCGAGUAAUAUUCAUCCUGUUACGUCAACAAGUCUAUCUAACGUAAUUCAUUAAUCCGCCCACCGCUGGUAAUCAAACAGUGAGCUACUUUUCAACGGGUGAAACUGGCCUUGACGUCAGUAUACCAGCAUACAGUAUCUGGCUCGCCAAUAUUGCGUUUUCAAAACAAAUCAUCUCAGCAUGGAUCGCGCACAAGUUCGAACAUUUUAUCGCUGCUAUUCUAAUGCAAGUGCUGGUCAACUAAGAUCUGGAAGGUAUCAUUAUGGUCAUCCAGCACUAUCUAAAGCGGACCUCCUUCACGAAUUCGAAAACCAUCGAAUGCGAGAAAAUAGAGAACCUACUGCAUUGGUUUCUGUCACUAGUCGUCCUCUUGAGGCUAUGAACCGCGCUCUAGCGAAAUAUUACCACUUCGAAGAAUCCCCACAAACGAUUUGGAUCAUCAUUGUUCGGGUGCCAGUUGGGGAGAAUGACAACAGCCCCCAUCAUGCUCAGGAACUCGCACUGCAGAGACAGCAUAGAGAUGCUGACGCCUUCAAAUAUGAGUUUCUGUUUGAAUGGGAAAUUCCUCGUCGUUAUGUGGAGCAUCGCAUUUCGGUCAAAACAUUAGUCGGUCGAGGAAUCGGAGGGUUGUUAGGCUCGCAGUAUUGCGCUAUGGGCUUUCCAAACUUCAGAGAUAUGCAAAAUAUCUUACUCAAGGAUAUCCUCGAGUCUGAUACUUACGGCUCUGGGCGUUGGCUAGGGAGUUUAGCCCACGCUUUUGGAGCCAGAACUUGCACCUAUGAGCUCGCAUCUCAGCUUCUACAAAAUUGCCUAAGUGGCGGUCGUGUCGAUGAAAGUGACCAGAUUGUCCAUUUCUGCAGGUCGAGAUUCUCUGGGUCUCUUGAAUUUAGUGAUAUAUGCGACAUCGAACUGGGAAUUCGCGAUCAACUUGAAUCUUGCUUUGGUAUUUAGUACUUCACAUGUAACUAAGGGAUAAGAUGAAUGCCGGAUGGGACCUUAUGGCGUUGACCAAACGAACGAUCACAAAGGCUCGCAUCUCGUCAUGGCAAUGUAAAUUGAAUAGAGCUUCACAAUCGGAAAAGUCAAUGAUGCUGGUUCAUUGAACUCACAUCCGAAAAUUUGAUCGUUGGCCAUCUGAAGUUCAAGACAGCAAGUCCGUUUCACAGCAUUCCAUGAAGUGGGGUGGAUGUACAUACGUGGCACUGAUGCGCUGAAGUGGUGUUUUAGACUGUGGA